AUGUCUCAAGCGGUCUUGAUCUCGCUCCUACGUAGGGACACUAAGCGUGGCGGCAGCCUCAUGAAUUUUGCCAACGAGCGGCCCCUUCUUUCUCCUCCCAACAUGAACUUCAACAAUAAUUGGCACCUCAUGCCCAAUCCUGAGGGCUCUUACUUCAUUUCCUUUGUCGAUACCAACGGCCCUACCCCUGACGGUCUCGUGAUGACCGUCGAGCCCAACAGAGGGCAAGAUAGCAUGAUGAACAUCGUUCUUCGGCAAAUUAUGGGUUCGGACACUCAGAGCUGGACGGUGCGAGCCGGCCCAGAAGGCUCGUACCAGAUCUGCUGCGUGGCCGUUCCGUAUAUGUGCAUGGGGGUUGGCGGCGUCCCGGUGCCAGCGGGUGCCUCGGGGAUGGCGGUGUCCGCAAAGCAUGCUCAGGGCGGAGGGCCAGAUAUGUGGUGGAGGUUCGAAAAUCUCGCGAGGGGUUAA